UGGAAGUUCUUGUUCAACGCUAGUCACUUUUUUUUUCUGGGUCGGGCCAGUGGGCAAGAUGGCCACGCUGCGGGAGGGUGAAGUCAAAUUGGAUGGCGAGCCGAAACUAAGCAAGAAUGAGCUGAAGAGGCGUCUGAAAGCUGAGAAGAAGCUGGCAGAGAAAGAGGCCAAGCAGAAAGAGCUCAGUGAGAAGCAGCUAAACCAGACGACUGCUGCUGCUGCCACCAACCACACUGCUGACAAUGGCGUCGGUGCUGAGGAGGAGACCCUGGACCCAAAUCAAUACUACAAGAUCCGUAGUCAAGCUGUCCAGCAGCUGAAGGUCAGUGGGGAGGACCCGUACCCACACAAGUUCCAUGUGGACAUCUCACUCACUCAGUUCAUCCAAGAAUACAGUCACCUGCAGCCUGGGGACCACCUGACUGACAUCACCUUAAAAGUAGCAGGUCGCAUCCAUGCCAAGAGAGCCUCUGGGGGAAAGCUCAUCUUCUAUGACCUUCGAGGAGAGGGGGUCAAGUUACAAGUCAUGGCCAACUCCAGGAAUUAUAAAUCAGAGGAAGAAUUCGUUCACAUCAAUAACAAACUGCGCAGGGGAGACAUAAUCGGAGUCGAGGGCAAUCCCGGAAAAACCAAGAAGGGUGAGCUGAGCAUCGUCCCCCGGGAGAUGACACUCCUGUCCCCCUGCUUGCACAUGCUGCCUCAUCUUCACUUCGGCCUCAAGGACAAGGAAACAAGGUAUCGUCAGAGAUACUUGGACUUGAUACUGAACGACUUUGUGAGGCAGAAGUUUAUCAUCCGCUCUAAGAUCAUCACUUAUAUAAGAAGUUUCUUGGACGAGCUGGGAUUCCUAGAGAUCGAGACUCCCAUGAUGAACAUCAUCCCCGGGGGAGCUGUGGCAAAGCCUUUCAUCACCUACCACAACGAGCUGGACAUGAACCUGUACAUGAGAAUUGCUCCAGAGCUCUACCACAAGAUGCUGGUGGUUGGUGGCAUUGACCGGGUUUAUGAAAUUGGGCGCCAGUUCCGGAACGAAGGGAUUGAUUUGACUCACAAUCCUGAGUUCACCACCUGUGAAUUCUACAUGGCCUAUGCAGACUAUCAUGACCUCAUGGAAAUCACAGAGAAGAUGCUGUCAGGGAUGGUGAAAAGCAUCACAGGCAGUUACAAGAUCACCUAUCACCCAGAUGGGCCAGAAGGCCAAGCCUAUGAGAUUGACUUCACCCCACCCUUCCGAAGAAUCAGCAUGGUAGAAGAGCUUGAGAAGGUUCUGGGCGUGAAGCUGCCAGAAACCAGUCUCUUUGAGACUGAAGAAACUCGCAAAAUUCUCGACGAUAUUUGUGUUGCAAGGGCUGUUGAGUGCCCCCCGCCUCGGACCACAGCCAGGCUCCUUGAUAAGCUCGUGGGAGAGUUCCUCGAAGUGACAUGCAUCAACCCUACAUUCAUCUGUGAUCACCCACAGAUCAUGAGUCCUCUGGCCAAAUGGCACCGUUCCAAAGAGGGUCUAACUGAGCGCUUCGAGCUGUUUGUCAUGAAGAAGGAAAUAUGCAAUGCAUACACUGAGCUGAACGAUCCCGUGCGGCAGAGACAACUGUUUGAAGAACAGGCCAAGGCCAAGGCUGCUGGUGACGAUGAGGCCAUGUUCAUAGAUGAGAACUUCUGUACUGCCCUGGAGUACGGGCUGCCCCCAACAGCUGGCUGGGGCAUGGGUAUCGACCGAGUCACCAUGUUUCUCACAGACUCCAACAAUAUCAAGGAAGUACUUCUCUUUCCUGCCAUGAAGCCUGAAGACAAGAAGGAAACUGCAACAGCCACCGAGACCCCAGAAAGCACAGAGGCCAGCCCCUCUGUCUAGAAGACUAUGCAACUAUGGCCUUUGCGCUUGAGCAGCAGAUCUGGUCUGAGGGAGGGAGGGGUUCCUGUGUGGUGCCCGCCCUCUGGACACUGCAGUCCAACCACCACAAGAGAGAAGAAUUAAAGAAUUUCUUUUUAUUCCUUGUUACCAAAUAAACCAUUUCUCUCUUUA